UGUGGAGGGGUGGGCAAAGAUCUCAUGUUAGAAGGCCAGGGGGAAGGAAGAAACCUCCCAGUUGAAAAUAGCAGCGAUGAUUAUUAUAGCGCAUAUGAAUCUGGAUUAGAAUUCUUAACGCACCUUCUGAAGAGGAAUCAGAUGACUCCUGUACUCCCCCCACAGGUGCUCGUGGUGCCGGCGCCGCGGACGGGAGCACUUUGGGGUCAAUUCAAGUCAUGCAAGUUGUAAGAAACGCGGGGUCUCGGUUUUUGCGGUCAUGGGUAUGGCCAUCGACAAGCAGGGUCGUAGCCCGGGCGCCGGGCGCCACAAUCCACGUGGACGCCCAGCAGCUGCAAGACGCGGCGGCCAAGCAGGAAGUUGAGAAGAAGGCGGCUCCGGAUCCGGCCCCGGCCCCCAGCCGCAGCAGCUUCAGCAUUUACCCCCCAGUCCCAGGACAGGCGAGCUCCCUGAGGUGGGCAGGGAAGACAUUUGAGGAGGUCCCAAUCGCGCACAUCAAGGCGUCGUACAACAACACACAGAUCCAGGUAGUCUCUGCCACUAACCAGCCCCUGGCCCGCACCUCCUGCGGCACAGAGGGGUUUCGGAACGCCAAGAAGGGCACGGGCAUCGCGGCACAGACAGCGGGCAUUGCGGCCGCGGCGAAAGCGACGGGGAAGGGCGUGACCCACGUCCGAGUGGUGGUGAAAGGCCUGGGGCCUGGGCGCUUGGCUGCCAUCAAGGGGCUGACCAUGGGGGGCCUGGAAGUGAUCUCCAUCACAGACAACACCCCCAUCCCGCACAACGGCUGCCGCCCCCGGAAGGCUCGGAGGCUGUGACGGGAGGAAGCCCCCACCCCCCAACCUCGUUGGAAGUACCCUGUCAGAGGUCUCUCCAGAGGGCGGCUCGUUGGAGGUCCUUCAGGCAGAGAGGGACAGCUGCGCCUCCUUACAUGGUGGUGUUUGUCUGACUUUUGACUGGAGACCGAUGUGCCCAGAAGCAAGGCCAUCCUCUCUUGGACACAAGGAGAGCCAGAGGGGUAGCUGGGGCCCGGACUCCCGCCAGUGAACGCUGCCCUGCUCUAAUGCAAUAAAAGAAUAUCUCUCCA